CGUGGAUUCCGAUCAAAAGUUCGGCGUUCAAGUCGCGGUGCCUAUCAAAACACCCAAACCCUCUUUUUUGCGCGGAGUAGCGGCAUUCAUUAUAUACGCAUUUGGAAGUGUGAUAUAAGUAUCCUCCAUCUGUAGCUACCGCCACAAAUUCGCGAACUCAUUCAAAUCUUUCUACAAUCCAAAUCCUUGCACAAAAUGGCCGGAGACGCCCCGCGCAAGUGCAGCGGCAACGACUGCGAGAACGACGCAGGCUCGCUGCAGUGCCCGAACUGCCAAAAGUUGGGCAAGGAAAGCUUCUUCUGCUCGCAAGACUGCUUCAAGCGCAACUGGGCCGAGCAUAAGAAAGCGCACAAGUCGCAGAACGGUAUUCUCUCCAACAUCUUCACGCCAAAAGUAGUUUCUAAACCGGAUCCAGCGACGGGCCAUUUCAACCCAUUCCCUACGUUUCCCUACACCGGUACCCUACGACCCGUAUACCCGCUGUCGGCGAAGCGUGAAGUAAAGAAAGGCGUCAAGCUUCCAGACUACUCGAAGGAUGGCAUACCGCGCUCAGAGCAGGUGUUCGUAAACAGGAACAAGAUCGCAAUUCUCACAAAGGAGGAGCAAGAUGGUAUGCGCAAGGUCUGUCGACUGGCGCGUGAGGUCUUAGAUAUUGCGGCUGCGGCGGCGAAGCCUGGUGUAACGACCGAUUACAUUGACGAGAUCGUCCACAAUGCUUGUAUGGAGCGCGACUCAUAUCCUUCACCCCUCAACUACUGCCACUUCCCCAAGUCUGUAUGCACCUCGGUCAAUGAGGUCAUCUGCCACGGCAUUCCCGACCAGCGAGUCCUCAAGGAUGGUGACAUUCUGAACAUCGACGUCACACUAUACCACGGCGGCUUCCACGGAGAUCUGAACGAGACCUACUACAUCGGCGACAAGGCGCUGGCAAACCCGGAUGCGGUGCGCGUGACUGAGACAGCUCGCGAGUGCUUGGACCAGGCUAUUGAGCUUGUCAAGCCAGGAACACUAUUCCGCGAAUACGGCAACGUUAUUGAGAAGCACGCGAAGAGCCAGAAAUGCGGCGUCAUCAGGACAUACUGUGGCCACGGCAUUAACCAGCUUUUCCACUGCGCUCCCAACGUCCCCCAUUAUGCAAAGAACAAGGCUAUUGGACAGGCAAAGCCUGGCAUGUGCUUCACCAUUGAGCCUAUGAUUAGUAUUGGAUCCUACAGGGACAAGACAUGGCCGGAUGACUGGACCAGCACAACCCUGGACGGUUCCCUUACCGCUCAAUUUGAACACACUCUGCUGGUUACCGAAGAUGGUGUCGAAAUCCUGACCGCCAGGCUCCCCAACUCUCCUGGUGGCGCGGUCCCAAGGGUAGCUCCAGUGAACGGUGAGGCGACUGCAGCGGCAUAAUGUUUACGAGCAAUCUGCACGACAGAUCAACAAGCCUUAAGCCAACCCAAGCACCAACCGUCAGACGCUGGUGCUAGGACACCGUGGCCUCAGGGUAGCCAAUGGAGGAGGGACUAAGCAGACCUACUGUCAGUAACGGCCGACCGCAGACAGAAAGAGAUGGAGGCGCUUGAACUCGCCAGCUUAGCGACUCUGUGAGGAGUGGGAGGAGUAAACUGGACACAUCAACGGCGGUGGGAGUCUCUGAGAUAUUGGUUGAGGAUCAUGCAGACUUGUUGACACAAUCCAUUUGAGCUGCACUGAUAGGGUACCAUAUGGAGCAGUAUGCCUUCAGCAGUCUGCUGCGAGAUCUGAGCCGAAGUCCCUUUCAGCAGGUGCCUAUUCCUGCGAGCCAUGUGGGCAUAUUAUCGAAGAUGACCAUCACA